GGAACACAGCUGAAGGCGUCCGGCCCAUCACUGUCGGAUGAGGAAGAGAGGCGUCAGGGCGCUCAGACGGGCAAGCCUCGCGGGAGAGCGAUGGGGAUCGCAGAGCUUCUGCGUCGUCCGGGAAGCCCCGCGAGUCUCCUGGCCGUGGUUGUCCUCCUGUCCGUGGUGCUCGACUCUGCCUGGCUCCUCACCCAGGAGCAGCAGGAUCUUCCAACUGUGAAGCCAAACUCCAGCCUAAAUGUGAAGUUCGACCCAAAGACGACGAGGCUGACUUGGGACUGCAAGGAGAACACUACGUACGGGGAAUGCGUGUUGAUUCACAAGGAGAAGGGGCUGAUUAAGAAAAAGGUCAAAGACAACGAAUGUCACUGCACAUUUCCGGACUGUUCUCUCCACGGGGGAGUCACGCUCACCGUCCAAGUAAAUGUCAACCAGAGACAGCUUUCAGAAAGGCUGGUCUACAGUAACCCAGGUAGGGAGGGCACGGCUGCCCGAAACUUCUCCUGUGUCAUCUACGAUGCGGAUUUCAUGAACUGCAGCUGGGCCAAGGGCCGAGCGGCCCCCGACGACGUCCAGUAUUUUUUGUACACGCGAUCAAAGAAGAGAAUCGAAAGGGAAUGUCCUCAUUACCUGAAAGACUCGGGGACUCACGUGGGAUGUCACCUCCGAGACCUCUCGGGGUUAACGUCGUAUAGUUACUUCCUGGUUAACGGCACCAGCCAAGAAACAGGAAUCCAGUUCUUCGACUCGCUUUUGCUGUUAAAGGAAAUAGAGCAGUACAACGCUCCCGACAACAUCACCGUCCACUGCAAUGAGUCCCACUGCCUCAUCCGCUGGGAACAGCCCAGGACCCGGCAGCCUCGGUCCAACAGGGAGUUCCAGUACCAGCUGGACAUCCAGAGAUGGCAUGAUACCAGCAGCAGUAGAAAUCAACCGAUUGUGGUUUUUGGUGACUCGGGGAAUAGGUACAACUUUCCGAAACCGGGAUCCAAAGCAAAACAUACUGUGAAGAUAAGGACAGCGGACGCCCGGAAGGCCCGCUGGGGUGCCUGGAGCCAGCCCGUUGAGUUCGGCUCCGAAGAACCCGAGUCCAGUCUGGUGCACGUCUACAUUCUGGUGGUCCUGGGGACUCUCGUCUGUGGCCUGACCCUCAGCUGCCUUUUCAAAAGCGUGUUCUCAGCCCCGGCCGCUGCAGCCAGCCUCCCCCACCACGGGACCCCUGCCAGCGUCUUUCCUGUGAGCUCAGCAAUCAGGCAGGCUCUCUCAGAUGCCCCGGAAGGAAGCCUGGCACGUGCAGAAUAAAGCUUGUGUGCUCUGCAAAGCCACGGGGAGACUUGGCUCACGGGGAGACCCUCCUGCAGGGCGUGUGGGGGUCCACUCGCGACGUCUCUGUCACCAGGCGACCGCCCGCCCGCGUCCCACUUGGGCGUCCUGGGCUCAGACUCCCCCCCCCCCCCGCCGGCCCCGGAGACAAGGGGAGACCCUGAGCGCCUGCUGCAAGGCGCUGCAAGGCAUCGCGGCUCUCGGGACACGACCACGGGCUGUGGGGACGGGAACACAUGUCAUGUUUUAACACCGAGGACUGAUCUUAAACAAAAGCCUUGUCACUUCCUGUGGCUGCCAGAACCAGUGACCACAAGCUGGGGGGCUUAAAGCCACAGACAUCCGUCCUCCCGGAGCCCCGGGGACCAGAUGUCUGCGGUUAAGGUGUCCCAGGCUCAAUUCCCUCUGGAGGCUCCAGGGGAGGGUCCUUCCCACCUCUUCCAGCUUCUGGGAACUCCAGGCGUCCAUCCCUAAGCCAGUGGCCGCCUCCCUCCCAUCUCCGCCUCUGUCUCCACGUGGCUUCUCCUCUGUGUCCCUGUCUCUCCUCUUCUGUGUCUUAUAAGGACCCUGUCCCUGGGUUUAGGGCCACCCCACAUCCGGGAGGGCCUCAUCUCAGACCCUUCACUCCAUCACUU